UCUGCAGCACUCGAGAGCAAUUCCGAUGAUGCUGAAGACAAGUGUUUUAGAACAGGAUUGUCUCCUGGUGCCAGACACAUGGGAAGGAGCCUGACUGCAGCAUUGAGCUGGAAGAAACAAUGAGAGAAGCAGAAAGAGAGAGAGCGAUGGGGAGAGAGUGCCUUUCAGUUUACAUCGGAGUGUGAGAAGGAGAGACGAGAGGCAAAAGAGGACGCUUACUGUUUGUAUGUGAGUAUAAGAAAGAGGAGAGAGAAAAAGGCAGAAAGAGACUCUUACAAAAGAUAAGGGGAGACAGAAGGCUCAAAAAGGCGGGAGACUUGUUUUGUGUGUUUGUGUUAGAGAGAGAGAGAAAUAAGGGGUGUUUUAAAGAGAAUUGCACAGGGAAAAAGAAGCUGAGACACAGUCUGACAGUCCAGGGAGGACAGAAUUGAGGCCUGUCCUGGAUAGACCACAUCCGGGAGGACUGUGGUGGAGCCGAGAGCCAUAUCUCGGAGGCCUCUCUCUCGCACUCUUUUACAAGCUGUCUGGACAUUCAUCCCCCUGGGCUCCUCAUUCAUUCCGCACAGCUUGACUUUGAAGAUCCUCCAAUGCGACCACCGUCCUCCUAAAGACCAAGCGGGCAUGGAGAGAGGAGGCGCUCGCGUCUGACUGCGAUCCAGAGAGAAGAAAGUGCGUGCGGGUUUGUCGCCAUCACACACAAAGGUGAUGGAUCGAGGAAGGAUGGGCGCGCGUCUCGCCCUGCUCUGGAGCUGGCUCUGCAUAUCGGCGCUGUUUGGAUUGCCCUUCACACCAACCCUUGACAUGGAUGUCACUCCAAGGACAACUGUGCUAUUCAACGGGUUGCUGGGAAGCCGGUGGUUCAACAGCUCGAGCCAGAACUACAGCACACUGCUGCUGGAGGACCAGGCUGGUGUUCUAUACGUCGGGGCCCGAGGCGCCAUCUUCGCCCUGGUCACCAGAGACAUCGGCGCUGCAGGAAGCAGUCGCACCAUCAAUUGGGAGGCAUCGGCGGGGCAGAAGCUGCAGUGCCUGAACAAAGGGAGGGACAAUCAGACGGAGUGCUUUAACCACAUCCGCUUCCUGCAGAGGUUCAACGAGACCCACCUGUAUGUGUGCGGCACCCAUGCCUUCCGACCUAUGUGCACCUACAUCGACGUGGACCAUUUUACCUUGUCUUCUGGGUUUGAGGACGGCCGUGAGAAGUGUCCCUACGACCCUACCAAUGGCUACACGGGCCUCUUCGUGGAUGGAGAGAUGUACACAGCUUCGCAGUACGACUUCCGCAGCUCGCCCGACAUCCGCCGCAACUACCCGUACCCGACGGUGAAGACCGAAGAGGGACCCAUACGCUGGCUGCUCGAGGCGAACUUCGUGGGGUCCGCGCUGGUGCGGGACAGCGUCAACAGCUCCGUCGGGGAUGACGACAAGAUCUACUUCUUCUUCACGGAGAGGAGCCAGGAGCAGUCGCCCUUUUUCAGCCAGACGAGGGUGGCAAGGGUGGCGCGGGUGUGCAAGGGAGACUGGGGAGGCCUCCGGACCCUGCAGAAGAAGUGGACCUCCUUCCUGAAGGCCCGCCUGGUCUGCUCCAUCCCUGACUAUGAGUUUCACCUGAAUGUCCUGCGCAGUGUGUUCCUCGUGGAGGCCCAACCAGCACAGAGCAGCAUCUUCUACGGCGUUUUUGGCCUGGAAUGGACCAACGUGAAAACCUCGGCGAUCUGCCGGUACUCUGUUGAGGAUGUACAGAAGACCUUUGAUGGACCCUUCAUGGAGAGCCAGGAGUCCAAGUGGAUCGAAUACACGGGGAAGGUUCCGGAGCCACGGCCAGGCUCGUGCAUCACGGACGCCUUCCGGGCCAGGGGCAUCAACUCGUCCCGCGACCUGCCGGAUGAAGUGCUCAACUUCGCGCGGAGGCACCCGCUGAUGUCCCGGCACGUGCGCCCCCAGGAGGAGCGCCCCCUGCUAUUCAAGAGGAACGUGGGCUACACGCAGAUUGCCGUGCGCCGCGUGACUGCUCUCGACGGCCGGCCCUACCACGUGCUCUUCAUUGGCACAGAUGAAGGCUGGCUGCACCGGGCUGUGGAGGUCGGAGGUCGUGUGCACAUCAUUGAGGAGCUGCAACUGUUUGAGAAAACGCAGCCUGUGGACAGACUGGUCAUCUCACCGUUACAGAGGAGCAUCUACAUUGGCUCCCCUACUGGGGUCCUUCAGCUGCCCCUGUCCACCUGCAGUAGGUACACUUCCUGCUUCGACUGCAUCUUCGCCCGGGACCCCUUCUGCGCCUGGAACGGCUCGGCCUGCGCGGACAUUGAGUCGCAACCUGGCAGAUCUGGCCUUAUUCAGGACAUCCUGAAGGGGAACAGAGGCUGUAAGAACACAAAAGAUGGCCCUACGGUGUUCCGCGUGCGCUCGGUGAUGGCGGGCGACGACGUGCUCCUGCAGUGUGAGCUACGCUCCAACCUGGCAGCUCCUCGCUGGACGUUCAACGGACGCGAGCUGCAGGGCUACGGCCUGGACUCAGGCUUCCGAGUUGGCACUGACGGUCUGCUCCUCAUUGGUGCCCGGGCCGAACAGAGCGGCCAUUACGCCUGCUUUGCUGUGGAGAACGGGGUCCACGUCCUGGCAGCCAACUACACCGUGAGGGUCAGGACUGAAACAGUACAACCGGGGGAAUCUGCCCCACCUCCGUUCCCAGCUACAGAGCGGCCCCUGCCAUCCCCGCCUGCCCCGCUGGAGCCCGUGCCUCUGCCACAGACCUUCCGGAACAUGGAGACUGUGUAUAUCUCCCUGGUAGCCAUCCUGGGCGGGCUGUGCCUGGUGCUGAGCGUCGUGCUACUCUACAUGUCAUUCUCCGCUCGCACCGCUCGCCGCGGAAAGCGGGGCCAGCAGGGUCCAGGUCGGAACGAGCGUAAACGCAGUUCCCACAUGGAGCUCAAAACCAUCUCCAGCCGCUGCAACGGCGAGCGAGCAGAGCGGGAUGAGCGCAUGGCUGGGGCGACCACAGUUGACGGCCUGCUGCAGAUUGUUCCUGGGGAGGGCCAGGCGUCCCCGAGCAAGGACUCGUUGCCACCCGCGCCACCGCUGCCGGCACCGCCGCCGCUGCCGUCCUCCGAGUACGCCAACGGACUGUCAGCCACGCUGCCUAGCGUCCUGCGCAAGAUGAACGGCAAUAGCUAUGUGCUCCUGCGGCAGGCGGACUCUGAUACCACCUCCCCCCUGUACCACUCCUUCACAGAGGAGCUCAACCGCAUCCUGGAGAAGAGGAAGCACACACAGUUGGUUACCAGCCAGCCGGACGAAAGUUCUGUGUAGCCUGCAGUGCCUCUGGUGGCCGGGCGGCCUAAAUGCACCUUUGAUAGACUGGCUCUCUGGUGAAUUCCCGAAGGUUGUACCGUUAGCUCACCUGAUGCUUUUGCAGCUUACUGCCACUGAUCUCAGCAAGCUGCACAACUUCACUUGAGGAUUAUUUCCGACACCAGGUUGUCAUAUCGCAUUUAUUGUCACUUACAGCCAUGAGACACACAAAAAUCUGACAGAUACAGCCCUUGACUCUUUGUAACACUGUAAGUUGAAGGAGCCACCAACAUUAGAAAUACCAAACUACCUCAAGAGACUCCAGCAAGGUUUUGAUGCUGGUUCAGCCCAAGGCUUGUCGAUAUCAGACAAACUCCCAAGGUCCUUUGCAAUGGUGUGGGAUGGAGACAUGAGAGGUGUUUGAUAAGCACAUUUCCAUCUGCAAAAGCUACAAUACAGCCCCACGGUCACCAUCAGAGAGCUCUCAAGAAACCUGAUCAGACUAGUCAGGCAGCAUCACUCAACCCAAGAGCAGAUUUUAGACACAGUUUUCGGAUUUCACUGCGUGACUUCCCAGCACUUCCUCUUUUGGUUCUUUUCUGUAAAUAGCGACAGCGGUCUAUCUUCACAGUUACGGUAGCAGCUAAUUGUGCUGAAACCCGUGACGGCAGUUUAGGGAAACUGAGGUAAACCUGUUUUGCGGGCAGCUGUAGCAGCGUAUGUGGACAUGAGGACAGUAUUAGGUUUUGGUUGCACUUUUAAGAAACCGUUUCAUUCGGGGCCCCCGCAAGGGAAGCAGGUCUUCGCAGGAUGGGCCACAGGGUGGGGGACAUCACCAGGAAGGUGUGCGGGGACUUGACUGACAAGAUGGAGCUUUUGAUGUGCACGUGGGACACCGAGCCCAGAGAAAUGGGCCAAGGGCUGGGAGCGGCGGACAAUAAUCAACGUCUGUUAGGAUGAAGACAGAAUGCAAUGGCUGAAGUGCACUAGUUUGUACCCUGGUCCAGUGCUAUCCAUCGUGGAAAGUGAGGGUCCGAUGCGGAAAGACCACCCCAGGCCAUGAGACAGCACUGUAUGACCGUUAGGUGGAGCCUCCUCCCUGAUUGCAACCGGUGCAGGGUGGAUGAACAAGGGGGCAGUUCCACAGCAGCGAAUACCAGCAAUACGGAAGAAAGUCUCACGUCAAUCCAAGGCCGGAGCAGGGCUUUCCCAGCUUCACCCCUUCACCACCCAGUAUCUACAGUCAAACGCAAGCCGUGUUCCAGAAAGGAGUUUGACGGAGAGGCAGAAGGACACGCCGCACCUCAAGUUCACACCACUGAGAGUUCCUGCCAACUUUCGGAAAACACCGCAAAACAUUCUUUCACAGAAAAACAAACACAGACGCAAAAUGCUUCACCAAACGGACAAGGCAACGGAUGCCUGCUGGGGGUUCGCCGGUGUCACUCUUCUUCUGCAAUAAUGGUAAAGACCAUAUUAACCUUUACUAGAGAAGCGCUCUUGCCAACAUCCCGAAGGACAGGGGUCUUUACUACGACUUUUGCACUACAUUUUUAGCCUGGGGUCUUACUUUGUGCUUGGGGCACAGAUUGUGUGUCAUCCUAUUGGAAUUUGCACUGUUUUGUAGAUGUAGUUGAUGUAUUCCUUUUGAUGUCAUUCAUGGGGAACUGUUCUGCUGAGGAUGGGUCUGCUCAUCGUGGCGUCCACACCGGGCUGGGAUCGCAACCCUGUCACCGUGGGCCACCAGAACGGGACGGUCGGGUCAACGGAAGAGUGAUGUUCUAAUGCGACGCAUGUUCUUAACACUGGAAAUAUGUUGUGCGGUGAACAUUGUAGUACCUUAAGAGUUUCCUGUGGGGGUGGAGUCAAACCCAGGGAGAACGAAGGGUACAUAAAACAGUGGGCAGGUCAGGUAAUUUCUAGAAGGAACAUCUAGGCAGUGCUUCUGCAGAAGCAACUAGUCCUUUUUCCCAGGUGGAAUUAGCUCCACACUAUUUAAGUCAACUUGUCACACUUGUGUUAUAGGGCUUUGUAACAGGAUUCCCUUUAACGAUGAUCACGCAAUGAGUAUUAACCCCUGCAUGGCUGGACCUCCAGCUUACAGUUUUGUUCCUCUUGAUUCCAUUCAUCGGGUGAGUCCAUAUAGCUACUAUUCACAUUGCAAUGUGUUACAGUGAAUGUGCUGCCACUGUCCCUACACACACUGAUACACAAGGACACAAGCGUAACCGGGGGGACAUUCUAGUUCAAUAAAAGCCCGCACACACGCACGCACGCACGCACGCACAGAUACAGGCACCAGAAGGUGCUGUAAAAAUAAGCCCCUAGCUAGCUGUUCGAGCACUGACUCAUUCACAGUUAUUACCCCACCGGGUGUCCCUCACAGCUGACUGCCUAUAUAAGCAAUAAGUCUGGCUACAUGCGCAAAAGAAAAAGACCAACAUUCCACAUGUCCCCUGCUUCUAGUGACUGAACCCUAACACUCUGUCAGUGCUGGUUUUGGAGGAAAUGUGGCUCUUUCUCAGCAGGCUUUUGGGUAUCCAGUAGCGGUGGUGGCAGCUGGCUGACUAGGCCCCUCCUUGCCCUCGUGCCGCCAGCUGCAGGGUGGCACCACUCAGCCUGGGUUUUUUGCAACUCAGUUCAUUUAACGCACCGUUAUUAAGAGUGACUUCUUACUACACCUAUUUACCAGCAGGAUUCCACAUCUGUAUGCUUACUAAAGCACAUCAAGUCCAAAACCCUGGUAUAAAGCUAUUAAAACUUUCGCUGUGGGGAGUUUUACAGCCCAAAAGAGCCGUUGCACCUAAAAAAGAAACAUACUCAUCAGACAAAAGAGAACGGAAAUACUGUGUAUCUGUUCUCUACCACCAAACUGAGAAAUUACUCAAAGUGUUUAUCAUUUGCAGUGUAUGGUGAAUGAAAGUAAUGACAUAUUUCUAACACAGAGGUAAAUAUGAUGUUAUUUUGCAUUCAGAGAGCAGGUUGGUCCCCACCCCACACACAACUUUGGGUUUUGUUGAGCUAUUCAGGGUCACAGAAAGGGUCUAAAUGUAAUCAGCUUCAGUGGGGGCUGCUAAAGGGAUGAGGGAAGGUGGUACGGCCCUGAGCAGUGAUCCUCAGUAGUGUGUGUGUGUGUGGGGGGUGAGGGAUGCAGCAGUUUCAGAGACAUGAGCUGCCUCUUGCUUUUCUGCUGCUAUAACACACCCCAAGCACUUGGUGUACAUGAGCACCAGCAGUGGGCGCAGCGACCAAGGAGCCACCCCACUGCAUGUGGAAUGUUGUCCUUCUCCUUCUGCAUAUUGAGGCAGCCUUCCACGUACGCUGUGCGCCAGCAGAAACACAGUCACUACAAUGUGUACACGCCAGGUGUGAGUUUGUCUUGAGGGCUCUGUACCAUAUUGUGUUUACCUGACAGAGGGCAAAGGUCACGCUUCCCAUAUGAACAGCAGCAGUUGCUGUUGGUGGUGUUGCACCUGAGAUCUGCUCUCAGAAAAUGGACAUAAACGCUCCUUUGACACAAGUUGCUGCUCGUGGUCAUCACCACACUGUUUUUGUUCUCAUGAGAAGCUACUUGUGGCAGGUGAAAUGCCACAGCUAUGUGUGUGUGUGUGUCUCUCUCUCUCUCUCUUCCUCCCCUCUGGAUCUCGUCUCCUCCAAGCCCGAUGGCGUCCCACACCGGAACGGGUACAGCAGGUGGAGACAGGACAGAUGUUGCUGAUAAGUACGACUGGUUUGGGUCCAGCCUGGAAUUGCGUCUGUUCUUCUUUGUAAAGCCGAGCAAAGGAACCUGCGGACAUAAACUCAUUUUUCUCUCACAUUUACAAGAACUGGUUACACAAAAAGUCCUACAGACAUCCUAAAGCAUAAUUUUGAUUACCUUUUGUCAUUAAUUCAUUCGCAUUAUGACAAAUGACCCCUGUGAGUUACAGCAAAAAAUCUUCACUUUGGCCUCUUUGCGAAUUUUCAAAUUAUUUUUCAGUGGUAUGAUAUGAUUCUAUGGACCUCUUGUGAGAAAGGAUUUGAGCUUUUCUGAGAGUUUCAUUGUUUUGCAAAAAAUGACAAAUAAAAAAAGAUACUUUG